AUGGAAGGAGAAGAUAGAAAACAAUAUCCUUUAAAUCCACCAGACGACUAAAUUUUAAAAUAUGAACCAAAUUUGGCAAUUUUAAAAAUGAACCCUAAAGGGAUUGAUUAAAAAGCUAAAUUCUGUCCAGUUUGCGAUUUUCCAAUAAAUGUGAGAAUUGUAGCAUUCCCAUGCUGCCACUAUUAUUGUUAUUCUUGCUAUGUAGUUGAUACCUUUUAAUGCAGAUUAUGUGACAUACUUAUAAAAGAAAGUAAAAGAAUGGAAGAUGGAGAAUCUUUCUAUAGUUGCGAUAAUGAAAAUUGCUAUAAGUAUUUUGAAAACCAAGAAAAAUAUGAAUACCACAUGAAAUUCCAUUAACCCUCAGAUAGAUAAAGUAUGUGA